AUGAGCUAUCCAUUACGCCAGGGUCUGCUGGCUGAUUGGGCAACAGUGCCGCAAGAUGUGAAGAACCUCACCAAAUACUUCAAACAGUUGAGGAAUGAUACGGCUGGUGUCUUGCCCUCGACGUGCAAUACAGAUGCCUUUCGGGCAGCGUUGACGCAAGGCGAUGCGGAGGAGGACGAGGCCCUGUUCAAGGUCGUCUUUACGGGACCACCGCAAGAGCCGGUCCCUACCUUGGACUGGACACGCGAUAUAGUCGCCAAAUCGCGCCAGAACAAGUCCCGUGUCGUCAGCGAGGCUCAUUGGAACUCCAGCGUUCAUCACAACGUCCUCGAUGCCGCUCUGCAGGACUCACGAUUUCGAGAAAAGCUGCUCUGCGACAACAUCACAACCGCAAGCAUCUCCUCCACGGUCGCCAACGACGACUUGAUCCCGAACUGCAAGGUCGAUUUCUGCAUGUCCCUCCAGCUGGAACGCUCAUUCGUGAAGCCGCUCGCGUCUGCCGACAUUUGUCUCACCCACACCGACUACUUUCCCACCACAUACAACCCCAUUGCGGUCAGCAUCGAGACGAAGAAUGAUCAAGCUGAGACCCCGAAAGCGCAGGUGCAACUCUCAACAUGGGCUGCAGCACACAUUUCCCAUCUCCGAAUGCUGCUCUACAAGGCCGGCAAUCCCAACGCUCAAAUACCCCCUCUACCUCUAGUGAUGGUUGCUGGUGAUGCAUGGACCUUGUGGUGUUUCAGAGAUGAGGGGGGUGGAGGACAGGGAGGUUCUUUCUUCUCAGAUGGCUUCCAUUUUGGCAACACGGCGACAAUCCUGGGGUGCUAUCAAGCGAUUGCGGGUCUUCGCAACCUGGCUUCAUGGGCUGAGACGAUAUGGAGGCCGUGGUUUACUGAGCAAAUCCUGGACCCGUUACUUUCUCGAAUCUCGACGCCACGGGAGGCUGGGUGA